AUGCAGAGGCUAGAAUCAAUGGCCCUUCCAUCGGUUAACCCUAAGUUAUGGGUACGCUAUGUAGACGACGCAGUUGUUGUCGUUAAAAACGACCAUCUUGAAGCACUCCAUAAAACCAUUAACUCAACCAUCCCGGGCAUUCAGUUCACGCUCGAGAAGGAGGUUACCAACAAACUCGCAUUUGUCGAUGUUCUCGUACGGCGAAAUGCUGACGGAACAUUACAAGCGUCCGUCUACCGCAAAGACACGUACGCGGAAGUUAUUCUUAACUAUGAGAGCAACAACCCCAUCUCUCAAAAAGAAGUGCAGUCAACAGUCUGA